AUGAACAGGACAAUUCAGUAUGGGUCAAACUCCCUUGUUGAGAGACAAUUUCAAGCUAAGUAUACAAAUGCCAAGUUUGCUGAAGUUCAAGUAGAAUUUAGAGGUAAAAUAAACUGUGCUACAACAAUAAAAUUUGAGGUUGGAACUAUCAUUUCAUACAAUGUGUGUGAGGAUUUUAUAUUUGGUAAUCAGAUGAAAGAAGCUAAGUUUGAGGUUAUUUUUAAUAGGAAAAGUAAGGACAUUAGUUGUCAGUGCUUGCUAUUUGAAUUUAGAGGUAUAAUGUGCAGACAUUUUCUUUCGGUGCUUGGAAUUGAAAGAGUUAAGCAAGUACCUUCUAAGUAUAUUCUCAGUAGAUGGAGCAAGAAUAUUAAACGAAGACAUUCAUACAUCAAGGCGAGCUAUGAUAAAAUUGAAUUGAAACGAAUGAAGGAGAGGUAUGAUAAUCUGUGUAAGCAUUUCUAUAAUGUGGCUGAAAUGGUUGCAAAUUCUGAGGAAGCAAGCAAUCUCCUUCACAUAACACUUCAUAAUUUCACUUCAAACUUGCCAACCAUAUGUUCUUCUUUGAAUAAACAUUCCAAUGACGAAGACAUUGCUAACAACUUGAGUGAAGAGUGUCCAAUUCAUAGCCCUACACGUGUAGCACGUAAAGGUUAG